UGACGGUACGCUCCAACCGCAGCUCAACGCGAGUUAGCUCAGCGCCACCACUAGCCCUCACCCGGUGUACGAUGCAAAGCCAUGGGCGCGCAUCCGCGGUGCACCAUCGAGCAGGAUCUGCCUACGCUCUCUGAGGCGAAGAAGCCCUUACCGAAUCUCGGGAGGGAGCCUACGCCCUUCAUGUACCACCCCAUUGACCUCGCGCCCCUCCGCGUGCCAGAAUAUACGGACCAGGAUGUGAUCACCCCGGUCCACCUCCGCGUCCUCCGCGCCGCAGACGCGAAUCAUUGGUGGCUCGACUGGCCUGUAGGUGUGCGCCACAACUACCAUCGUGCGCGCCGGGGCGACGCGGUGAAGCGCCUGCAGAUCGUGCAAGAGCGCGGGCACGCGCAUCUCACCAAUUGGGGCGCGCUGACGGUCAUCGCGAGCGAGCGGUCAACAUGCGCGGGGUGGGCGUUUCUGCUGGGCGACCUCACCUUGGCACAGCGUCGGAAGCUGGAGGGCAUCGCGGCGGUGGAGCCCGUGUGGGCGCCGGACGGUGAGUGGAACUGUCAGGAUUGGGUGGUCAGCGUGAUGCGGAAGGCCGUGCACGCGGGCGUAAUGGACAAUGGGAUCGUGGACGACGCGAUAGAAGAGGCACUGGCUGUGCCUCCUGCGUGCAGGUUGGCAUAUUACGGGUAGCUGGGGACUUUGUUGGGCUUGUAAACAGGGCUUUGGGCAUCUACGAACAUUCAUACGUACAGGGCAUUCGGUUUGCAUACAUGGGGAAUGGCGACAUACAUGGGAUGGGUGAUAUACAUGGGAUAUAGCACUGGGAUACCCGCAGAUACAUUCAUUGCAAUCACAGCGUCGGCACUGCGAGCGCCUGCAUGACGGCGUCGUCUACGGCAGCACGAUCCAAAAAUCCGGCGUCUACAGCUUUCUGCAACACACU